AUGGAAGAACCGCAAGACUCCAAAGCUGAUAUUCACCCAAACGUAGUAGACCAGAAGAAUGAUCCAAAGAACCAAGAAUUUGUAAGACCACCAUUAACAUUAGGUAGUGAUAUCCUUCACGGAAUAAAAUAUGCUCUUUUCAAUCCGGAAGCGAAUCUUAUAGUGAUGCCUAUCUUGAUGCUAUUAGAGUCGAUGGUAUUGAAAGUAAUCAUAGGCAAUGUAUCAUACACUGAAAUUGAUUACAAAGCGUAUAUGGAACAAAUUGAUAUGAUUAAAGAAGGUGAAUUAAAUUAUGACAAUAUUAAAGGUGGUACUGGUCCUUUGGUGUACCCUGCUGGCCAUGUCCUUUUAUACAAAAUGAUGUAUUGGGUUACUGAUGGAAUGAAUCAUAUAGAAAGUGGCCAAACAGCUUACAGAUUUUUCUAUUUACUUACUUUAUUCCAUCAGUUUAUGAUUUAUUAUAAAUUGAGUAUUCCACCAUGGUGUGUUGCUUUAGUUUGUUUAUCCAAGAGAAUACAUUCAAUUUAUGUACUAAGAUUAUUUAAUGAUUGUUUUACUACAUUUUUUGUGAUUUGUUCUUUCUUAGGGUUAAUACGUGGUGGUACUUUAAAAUCCAAAUGGUUAAAGAUAGGUGUCUGCACUUUAGUUUCAGUAGUUUACAGUUUUGCUGUUAGUAUUAAGAUGAAUGCUUUAUUAUUUUUCCCAGGGGUUGCUGUUGGGAUAUAUUAUAUUUGCGAUGGUACUUUAUUCUUAUGCCUAUAUUCAUUAAUGUUAAUGAUUGGCUUACAAAUAGUUGUUGGUUAUCAAUUUUUACAAGCUUUCUCAUGGCAGUAUUUAAACGGUGCUUUUAAUUUUAGAAGACAAUUCAUGUACGAAUGGAGCAUUAAUUGGCAAUUUAUCGGUGAAGAAGGAUUCUUAAGUUCUUCAUUUCAAAGAAGUUUACUUGUAUCCCAAGUAAUUAUGUUAUUAUUUGUCUUUAUUAGUAAAUAUCCACGUCUGAUUAAACAAAUUGCAUUAUCGAUUAUUCAUCCUUUCUCUUCUACUGUUCAUUUAUCUACUAAGACAUAUUCUGAAUUGAUCCCAUAUCUUUUUAUCAUGAGUAAUUUCAUAGGUAUAAUAUUUUCAAGAUCAUUACACUAUCAAUUCUUAACAUGGUACCAUUGGACUUUACCAAUCUUAAUUAGUUGGUCUGGAUUACCAAUCUAUUUAGGUUCGAUAUGGUAUAUUGCACAUGAAUAUUGUUGGAAUUCAUUCCCACCCAACCCAACUGCUAGUAUCGCCUUAGUAUCAUUGAAUGCUUUCUUAUUAAUCGUAGUAUUGAUAAGAAAGGGAUGUCCUGUUAAAGAGCUAGAAGAAGAAGCAAGUUUACAAGAGAAGAAAAACCAAUAG